CCUCUUGCCGAGCUUAGUCGCUUUUCCGUGCUCCAACUUGCCCCCAAAACCGGUUUCGCCGUUUUUGGUUACUUUUCGUGAAAAUUUAAUCAGCAUUUAAGAUGAAAAUCGAUCUGAUCGUGGACCAGGGACCGUGCCAAACGGAGCUCAGGAGCUGGUGCCUGGGCAUUGCCAUAUACUCGCUGAUAUCCAUGACAUUCAGCGUGCUCUUCGCUCCAACGGUUGUAAACUUUGUUGGCUUUGCCAUUGCCGUCAUCGCUAACGUGCUCCUGCUGAUCGGAACCCUUAAGGAAAAGCGAUUGCUCCUCCUGGGGUGGCUUAUCUUCGCCCUGAUUGAAGCCAUCUCGUUUCCCUUUGCCGUUUUCGGUGUGAUCUUCCACUAUGGAGGCUAUCGCGAGGCCACCGGUUUCAACAACAUCUUCGGGGCCCUAUUCGUGUACAUCAUAUCGAUCUUAAUCGUUGCGUUCUGCGCCCGCCUCAUUUACUCGCACUACGUCCAGCUGAAGAACCGCGAGACGAGCAGUCCCAGGACCACGGCCGUGGUUUAGGCUGGAUUUCGACUUAACUUAGUUAGUUAGUUUGGCAAUAAAUAAUUCGCUUUUGUGUUUUGAUUGCA